AUGAGUCGUGUGGGGGACAGAUAUUUAAGAAUAACGAAUGAUAACGCCAAUAACAAUCACAAGAUAGUCGACUGUGGUGGUGGAUUACAGAGUGACAAUUUUACAAGUUUGUAAAUUAGAGUUUUCUUUUAAAUUCAUCUUCAAGUGUUUCUUUUUGUUUCGUUUAUGAUUAGGUUUUGUCACCAUGCGCGUUUUAUCAUCAUCACGUUUUGUCAUCGAGAUUUUGAAUUGCCUUUUAUUAACACUUCGGUUCCAAAAUAAAUUCGUGUUGUCAAAAUUUUUUAAUGUUAAUUUUAUGUAAAUAUUGAUAAUAAUAUUAUAUACUGCUAACUUGUAUACAGCGGCGUAGCCAGCCCUAUACGAAUGAGGGGGUCUAAAGUACCUAAUACAUAAAAGUACUUUUCUAGAAGCCGGGGAUAUAGUCCACGGAAAUUUUUCAAUUUUAAGGUUAGCGAAACGCCCCCAAGCGCAUAUUUGGCAUGGCGUUUUGGUGAUCUAUAUGCCACAAAUUUGGUCUAUUUUAUGCCAUAGACGAAAUAUUUACGAGAUUAACAAAGCAUGUGCGUAAUAAACUAAUAAUAUAACACGUGAAAUUUAUACAUAAAGAAAGUUUAACCCCCCCCCCCAUAGUUUCUUCUCACUUUUGGAAGAAUUACAAUAUUGAUCAUUACAAAAAGUGUGUGGGGGGGGGCAGGUCCCAUCCCCCCCCUGGCUACGCGCUUGCUUGUAUACCUACGUAAUUCAGUCUCUAUGACUGCCAUGUGUAAUGUUUUUCUAUAUAAUCAACUGAUAAAUCUAUAUAUCUAUUAAUAUCUAUAUGUUUUAAAUUCAAUUGCAAAAGAAUAAGUUUUUUCACUGCGCAGUAUUGUUUAUUAACAACAAUUACGCAGGAUCCCCAAGACGACAAUGUAGGAGGACAAUAUUUUUUCAAGGGAAAGUGGGUUUGUUGAUUGGUCUUUUGUGAUUGUGUGUCAAAUCGCCGAUACACCCUUGAUGCAUAUUCGGCAAACACCGUUGAGUGUUUACAGAAAUUUUGAAACGAGCUCCUUCAUGCAUUCGUUGCAGUAUAUCAUUCAGAGUUGGACAGAUUGUUGACGACAGUCUUCAUGUUCAUUAUGUUACGCUCUCUGCGAAAAAUGUGAACGUUUGUUAAGGCUUUUAAAAGAACCUGAAUUGGGCGUAUAUGUUUGACUGGCACAGCCUUCCUGAAAUCAACGAGGUCGACGUAACGACCGGCAGUCUAUCAAAAGUUCGUCGACGAACCGCUGCAGAAGCAGUUAAACAACGCUACACUUUGGCAUCCAGAAAACCAUGCACAUACAGGAUCCAAUCGAUGUUUAAAAGUUUCAGGCUAUAUAUUGUCCCAAUCCAUAUUUUGUCCGAAUUUAAACCUUAAAAUAACGAGGAACUUAAUUAAAACUAUAGUUAAUAAAAAAGAUAAUCCAACAAUCUGAUUCUUUUACUUGAUUAUCAUAGGCUUGUUAAAAAUACGCGAAAGGUCUACGUUUCAAGAAACAAGAGCUCAGUUUGUCCUGGCCAGAAAUAACAAAGAAUAUCAUCUUUAUGCACCUUCAACUGGUGGACAACUUUUGGCAAUGGUAUAACUCAUUUGUAAUUUGUUCCUUCGGACCUUGGCAUAAAACCUGUACUAUACUUUUCGUUAUACUACAUGAUAUGAGUCACGUUUUACGGGAAGUUACUAUUUUGAUAGGCUUAGUGUUAGGAUUACGCUUUGCAUUGUGGAAAUGGCGAGGAUUAGGGUUAGGAUUAGAGUAAGGGUUAAGUUUAGGAUUAAGUUUAAUAUACAAAAGAAUACAGUCUUACCGUUUGGACGACGACGGACAAAACAAAUUCAUUCCAAUAAAUUAUUCCAAAGAAAGCAUAUCGUUAUAAUGCCAAUUGUAUAAUUUAAAUCCGCUUGAAGAGAUCAAAACAGAAGCUUUCUAUUGAAUAGAAUUCCACAUUGGUUCUGAACCAAUUUGCUGGGUAUUUACUCUUAUGCAAACGUUGCACAUAGGACGUAAAAAGCUCUGCUAUACCAGUUGUAAACAGACUGUGGAUGACAUAUAAAUCUCCCGUGGAAUUUUAAUUAUUCACCUAUUUUCUUAAAUAUUAUUAAUUUCAUUGUAUUACUAUCAAGGUAUAUGUAAUGUACAGUUAAUGAUGGCUGUCAUUAACUUGUUUUCGUCUCAUUGAACACAUUGAUCGAUUUUGUGUAUAAUUGGUUAUUCCUAUGAAUAACCAGGGACGUCGCUAUAGGGGGGGGCAAUAAUUCAAACGUUGGUCAAAGUUGGUCAAAAUGGAAGUGAUAUUUGCCCAAAGUUGGUCAAAAUGGAACUGAUAUUUGCUUAAAAUUGAAGGUACAAUUAGGAAAAAUUUUGUCAAAGUUUGGGAUAAAAGAACAUCGAAGUUGCUCAAAGUUAUGAAAUGAUUCGCAGUUUUGGUUAUGUUUGCGUUGAAAAAAUUGGAAGCCUUGAUUAUUUUGGUGGAAAAAUUUUGAAUAUGCUUAUGUUAGUACGGAAAAAUUUUCCGACUAUGCUUAUUUAAGUCCGGAAAAAUCCCCCCCCCCUCCCGCCCCCCCCCGCCGUCGACAACAUUUUCCGGUCAAAAUCUUGACCGGAAAAUGGUCAAAAUCCUAGGAAAUGUUGGUCAAAACAUGACGACACCCCCCAUGCAAUGUUGAUGGCUUCGCGACGUCCCUGUGAAUACAUUGGUCAAGAAAACUAUUCCUUUGACAACGACAUUCAAUUAGCCUUUCUCGCAAAGGCCAUGGUCAGCCAUGUUUUGGUACUGUCUGCCAUCGUGAAAGUUUCUAGACUAUAGAGUUUUUGAAGUUGUAGUUGUAAGACUAUAAGUUAUAACUAUAAGGGUGAAAAGUCGUAUUUCGUGGAGCGACGACUCUCAAACGUGAGAGAGGCAGUAUCCCAAAAAUGGUGGGAAAAUCGGCUGUAAGAAAGGCUAAUUUGAAAUGAAUAUUUACAAAAAUAUAAUACAGGGUCGGUUGUUCAAAACCUAGUUCAGCUAUAACACAAGGUUAAAAUUAACCUAAAAUUCAAAACAAGCUUGUUUAUCCAAAUAGCUUGUUUAUUAACUUGGAAAUAUUUCUUCAGAAAUCUAGUCUGGAUGAAUAGGCGUUUUAUCUUUUUGUGAAAUAAUAGAAAAAAGAUAUACAAUCCUUUUUCAGAAUACGUCCGAUAUUCAUUCUUAUAUUACACGUUCUUCAAAAUCAAAUAAUUUUUAUAUUAAAAUAGAUGGAUAGAUGGAUAGAUAGAUCAUUUAUUCAUAAUUUCUUUGCAACCACAAGAUUGAAUUACAACAUUUUUUACAUUAAAUUUAAAAAAUACUAUGCACUAAAAUUUAAAGCGUUUCAGCCUGAGGCCUUAAGGGCGUUAAAGGUUGUAAAACUAUUACGAAAUCGAUUUGUUUUAAAGGUGGGUCUAAAUGUACGCUGGUAUCUAAGGUUCCAGUUUGAUGGGUUGCGUGCGCGAAGCAGAUGGUGCAGUUUGUCCUCUUUGUUUUCGGUUAUUUUAUUGAACAAGCUGUCCACCAUGACUUGACGUCUUUCGGAUAGUCUAAUUAGACCAGACUCGUGUAGCACUUGAUUGUAUGGGCGGAAAGGAGAAAUUAUCCGCAUGGCACGCUUUUGAUCACUUUCGAGCUCCUGAGCAAGAUAGGCCGGAAUGCUGUCGUGAAAAACUGGACACGCGUACUCUGUAAUAGGAUGGAUGCAUGUAGCUACAAUAAAAUUGAACUAGCUCAGUAAUUCCCAGGCCCGACCGUUUGAGUUGAGAUAGGCUGUACAGACGUUUCAGAGCUUUCUUCAUAACCACAUCGAUGUGACCAUUCCACUUAAGGUUAUAAGAUACAUUAAGUCCGAGAAUCUUGGCGUCAGUUACAAUAUCAAUAGGAUUGUCAUUAAUAACAAUGGGAUCGAAAAUUUGUUUGUUCUUAGUGCUGAAACAAAUACGCAGUUCUUUACAUUUUUCUUCAUUAAGCUGGAACUUGUCUGUGGCUGCGCAGUUCACUAGGGUAUCUACAGCCGUUUGGAUGUUACUGUUUUGAUUCCUUUCUACCGUCUCUGACGUCGUAGUAUCAUCGACAUAUUUCCACAAUUCUGUGUUGGGGAUGUCAAGCUCAUCAAUCAUCACAAUAAAUGGCCACGGACCCAGUUUUGUGCCUUGAGGGACCCCUGCUGGCACCAUGCCCCACUCGGAAAAGCAGUUCUGAACAAGUUUCACUCGCUGUUUCCUUGAAGCAAGGAAAUCCGUAAUCCAUGAGAUAACUGCAUCAGAGAUGUCGUAUGAGUGCAGUUUCCUGAUUUGUAUGUGUUGGUCAAUGAGAUCGAAUGCUUUCUUGAAAUCGAACAGAACAACAGUUACAGUGGCCCCGUUACCAUCUGUGGCGUUCGUCCAAGUAUGAACAUGCUAACAAAAGCUUGUGUAUAGUACUUGAGCCAGGAACAGUACCAAAUUGCAUUGGGUCGACCUUUGCUAGCAAAGCUGGUUUAACGUUUUAGUCGAGUACAAACUCCUCGGCCAAUUUAGAUAAGAUGGGUGUUUGAGAGAUUGCCUUCAGGUGCUUGUUGAUGUCAUAAACAGGUGUUGAUUUGGGGAUAGGUGUUAUGUCAGCCUGUUUCCAAGAAUUUGGAAACCGUGCCUCCGAAUACAAUGAAUUGAGAAUAUCAGUCACGACGGGAGCCAGAAUGUCAGCGUUCUCUUUUAACAGCCAUGCGGGCACGUUGUGUGGGCCUGAAGCUUUAUGAGGGUUGUGUAAUGCAAAUUUCUCAAACAAUAUUCGGUAACGGAGGGCGAGUUGUCAAUAUGGACAUCAGGGGGCCAAGAAGGAGCCAGGGGAGUAAACGAAUCCAUGGGUGCUAAAAAUGUAUUAUGAUGUUAGCAAGGUUUUUUGAAACUAGAAUUUCGUCCCACGUCGAUGUGUUUCAGGAACGAUGUUGGUUCUGUGCCAGUAGCUGACUGCAUUCUACAAAAUGACUUCACCUCUUUCCACCACCUACGAGGAUCACAGUCCCUUAGAUUUUCCACUUUAGACACGUAUUAUUUGGUCCGACAUGACUUACGCAAGCGAGUCACACGAUUUCUGAGGCGACGGAAGUUGAGCAAGAGCAACUUGACGCUUAUGUAUCAGGGAUUUGAGAUGAUCGUUUAUCCAUGGAGAUUCGUUGACAAUCACUUUUUUGGACUCUAAUGGAAGUAAAAUGUCCAUGCCUGUCUUAUCAUUUCUAAGGUCUUCGUUUUGUCCUCAUACGAGUCCGUAGGUUAAGGUCCCACGAGUCCGUAGGUUAAGGUCCGUUGGUUAAGGUCAACUUCGUCGAGGCAUUUACGCAUGGCUAGGCGCUUAGUCAUCCUUAGAUCUCUUGACUUAAGCAGUAGUUUACAACGCGGGUAGGCCAGUCUAGCAAGGGGUUGAUCCUCGACAGUAUCAUGAUCAGACAUCCCAAAUGGUGGCAACUUUGAUACGUCAUAAAAUGCACUGAGAUUUGUGUAAACAAGGUCCAACUUGCUUUGUCCCCAGGUCGGAAACUGGACAAUUUGUUUAAGUCCGUACGCAUUUCUAUACGGGAGACAUUCAACUUGUUGAAGUCUCCAAGUAAGACCACGCCACAGUCAGGAAAGCGACCUUCGAUCUUAGAUAGUGACUCGUACAGAUAAUUUUGGAUCAAAGAAUCGUUAGCGCUUGGUAGGUGAUAAACAGUUCCAAUAACAAUGGAUGGUAUUCCCCUGGGGAGGCGAUCAGUGCGGAUUUUAACCCACAAAACUUCAAAGUUCUAGUCCAUAAGAUCGAAUAAAACAUGUAUCGCACAGAAUCUCGAACAUUCAUACAAACACCUCCGUGACUUAUUACUUUCCUGCCCAGCCGCACAAUGUUAUAGCCAGCAAUACCUACUACAUGGCUAUCAAUAUUAUCUUUUAACCAAGUUUCAGUGAUGCAAACAAAGUCUAGAUAUGCAUGGCUAACAGUUGCACGAAGCUCAUCUAUCUUCGGCGAAAGAGACAUUACAUUCGAAAGCAAAAACGUUGGUACACACAAGGUUGAGGGCCUCGGUUUUAGGUGUAGAUUCUAUUAUAUUUACAGGGACUAAGACCCUUUGGCGACAAUCAAAGUUAUUUGCGGGUUUUGUCUUUUUCUUUGAACUUGAAUUUGGUAUGCAAAUUCUGCGAAUGACUUGAAUGUUUAACGUGCCAUUGUGUUGUGAAUUGACUGCCUCCCCAGCUCUGCAACCGCGAAAAUCUUUCAGAAUAGCCUACCGUAAUCUUCGAAACAAUCGAAACUAGAAACAAUCGAAACUAGAAAUUCGACGAAAGUUUUUACCCAUGUUGGUGCGAACUGGUGGAAUGAGAUACCAUCUUGCAUACGAGAAUUGCCAAAAAAAGCAUUUAAGAAAAAGAUACGUAGUAUCCUUUUGGACAUUCUACAGAAUGAAAAUAUUUAGCCCGAUAUAAAGUCGCUUUAAAGAUCUAAAAUUUAAAAAAGAUCAUGCAUGCAAUGAAGCCUCAAAUUGAAGCACUAACUCCAACUUUUUUCCCAUUUCUUGAUAGAUAUUGUUUCUCUCCUUUCUAAAAACGUUUUUAUUAGAUGUAGCUAAUUUGAAAAUCAUUUCAUAUUAUAUGCAUUCUUUGCUGAAUAAUUAAUAACGUAUUUGUAAAUAUUAUAUUUAUUUACUUUUUGCGUGUACCAUAGACAAGUACGCCUCGACUAUAGCUUUGUACUGUAGCUAUUGGCGGCCUUGUCUCAUUAAUGUCUAAUGUCUGUACUGAUUAUUAUAUUUUUAAUAAGAUUGAAAAAAAAAGUUCUCAAUUAAGCGGCUACAUGAGAAAUACACAAACUACACCGGCGGGUUAAAUUUUAACCCAGGGCAAGAAAUAGUUCAGCAUUGAACAACCAGCCCCAAAAGUUGAACAAUAUUCACUCAAAUUUCAAUUAUUUUUUUAAAUUUAGCCUGCGAGUCAAGGGGAACAAGAAACAGAUAACAGGAACACCUGGGCACCAGAAAGACUUCUCUAUGAACAUCGUCUGUUUACAGUAUUUCAAUCUGUCAAAUUCAGAGGGUAUUACUUAUCUUGUGAUGGCAGUGGAACGGCAGUGUUGCAGCAAAUCGUCAAUAAAGCUUAUCGCCAACCAAAUCAACUAUUCCUUACCAUUGACCCGGGUAAGUGUAUGUUUGCGACCUGCGGAUCAGUCCUCGUUGGACAGUGCAAAGACGUACUAGGCAUGGAAACACUGAUAGAAGUCGCUUCCUCUCCUGUUGAUUCCUACAAAGUACCUACUUGGGAGAACGGAUGAGCGCAUGUCCACUGCUAAUAAACGAUCAGCAGGCGGAAUAACAUCCCUGAAUGAGCGGCGCACGAACACAUGUUUUAUUUUAUAUGAAUUAUCAACUCAUAUUUAAAUUGGUUUAAACACAAUAAUAAAAACGAAAUUAAUGGAAAAUCCAUUCUUAUUCUGUUAGCAGGUUCCAGCCAAUAUUUAGUCAUUGUUGGAAUAGCAGUUACGCAUGCCGAGAUAAAGUUACAAAACUACAGUACCAGUAAGAAAGAUGUUAUAAGUCCGUAGACAUGCAAAAUUAAGUAAACAUAAUAAGUCAUGAUAAAUCUCGAUCGUGAUUAAGUAAUUAUAUGAAGACUUUGUUGGCAUUUCACUUGAUUUAAUAAUAGUUGAAUGGCCUUGUAGAUGGAAAAUAUCGAGUCAACAUUUGUGUUCUAUUUAAAACACGUAUAGGAGUGUUUUGUCAUAUUUAAAAUGCGAGUGCGGAGCACGAGCAUUUUAGAUAUUAUAAAACACGACUACAAGCUAGUGUCUGAAUAGCUUCAGACGCGUCUAGAAUAGAUGCCACCUCAUUAGUAUUCUUUAAAGAAUACUAAUUAGGAUAGAUAAAUAAUACUAACCAUGAACAGUUGCCCGAGAUCGUAGGGCUACAGGUUCAAUUCCUGCCAAGGACCUACAGAUGCAUUUUUCGCAACUGCUCCUAGUUAGGUCUAAUUAAAUCAGCAUGAGCUCCACUUUCAAAUUUACUAUAUGAAUAAAUUGCCAAACACGUACGAAAUUAUCAAUGCAAUAUACAAUUUCGCGCAAUAAUUUAUUCGGAUAGAUGAACCUAUAACCCUAAAAUAACCCCACCUCUAACUCCUAACCCUAAUAUAAUAUGAAUUUAAACCUAAUCUAAACUUAAUCUGACACUAAUCUAAACUUGAUGACGUUUCUUUAAAUAAUUUUUGGUGUGUUUAUGUAUUGUAGCAAUGGCAACUUGAUAGAGUCAUAGAUUAAGUAAGAAUAUACUUCAUCCGUGAUAGAGUGCAGCCAUGCCAUCCAUUGCUGGCUAAUUUCAAAUUUUCAACUAAAAUAUAAUUUUCAGGUGUUAAGGAAUAAAACCAGGGGCCGGUUGUACGAAGGCUGGAUAGCACUAUCCACCGAAUAGUGAUUUUUUCAACCUUUGAAAAAAUGCUUGAAAAACAGUGAAACUACGGAUAUAGACGACAUAAGAAGUAGUAAAAAAACAUAUAACUUAUAAAUACUAAACUUUAAUACGAGUUACACCAAUCAACGACUGAUUUAACAAAGCUUGAAAAAAUCACUAUCCAGUAGAUAGCACUAUCCGGCCUUCGUACAACCCACCCCAGAAGAAUAUUAAUUAUUUACAUCGUUUUGCAUCAUACACUGUUCAACUAACUUCAUUAAGCAGCGAGAACCAAUUUGCACAGUAACAAAGUGCGUCGGCCGUAAAAAUCAAUGUGGUUUCAAUCAGGUUCCGAAGUCCGAACUGGCAGACCCCAAUUGCUUUUUGAAUGUGCAGUUAUAAGUAAACAUUUACUAGAACUUUGUGCUUUCUUACUUCAUCAGGAAAUGCAAUAAGAGGAGUUAGUUUUGGUGCUGGCAAUGCUGUUGGUAGAAGAAAACGUGAAAUAUCGUUGCAAGAAGACGCUAUUCCUGGAAGAUUUAAAAUCCGCCGUGUACCAGCUCCUAAACGUAAAUCUUGGCUAGCUCGUAAACAAAGACCAGAUAAGUUUACCCAAUCUAGACCUUAUGUUACGACAACUAAGAAACCGCCAAUUACCAAAAUUCAACCCAAAUACAGUUCUGUCGUAACAAACUUUAAUCUUCCACUUAAAAUAACCUUCGUCCUUUGCUUCUGGAUAAAAACGGAAACCAGAUUUGCACAACUUAUUUCGGUAACUGAGAAACUACCUGACAACAAACCAGACGUGUCUGUUAAAUAUGUCCGUUGGCUUAGAUACUAUCCUUCCUUGAAGCAGCCCAAGCAGAAUACGAACGACAAACAGAAAAAUAUUAUAAACGUCAGCAUUGUCCAGAGAAUGCUGACGCUUGAACUUGGGUACAAACGAACAAAACGGUUAGUAUACUGUAUUGAUACAGGUUACAAAGUUUGUUUCCAAUCUGUUGAGAAAAUGAACCACUAA